CAUUCAAUCUUAAGUUAUUUAUACGGGAACACCUGCUGUGUUCGAAUGAAUGAUUGGUUAAAUCAAAACUACACAGAUUCUGUGAAAUUUUCAACGCCUCUCUUCACUAAUAGGAUAGUUGGAUAAGUUGGAUUACAUGGUGUUAGAAAAAUCUUUUGGGAUCUUCUGCCAAUAAUAGCAACGGUGAUGGUACCGUUUCUAUAGCAUUUAAUUAGGAACACGUGUAUUGCAUAUGAGAUUCGCGUCGAUAGAAAGAUGUGUGAGCUUAAUGUUAGUGUGAAAUUAUAUUUUAAAACAACCAUUCCAUGAUGUGGUAAAAAAAGGAUUUUUUGAGUAUCAAUUAUGUUGGUUACUCUGCAUGCUAUUACCACUAAUUCUCGAGGAUAAACGGCCAGACAUAAUGGAGAUAUCCGAAUCGACAAAAAUAGUGUUUUAUAUAAGUCGCAUUUUUGGGCUUGCUCCGUAUGUAGUAAAACGAACAUCUAAGGGACAAAUUGUGGAUUACAAGCGAAAUCUGUUCCUGGUAUUUUACGGCUUGUGUGUCGUGUUCUGUUUAGCUGGAUUAACGUUUAAAGGCAUUUUCUUCGAUCUAAACUCUAAAAAGCCGAUACGGAUGAAGACGGCAACCUCGAAGGUUGUAACUACUCUGGAUGUGUCCGUUGUGGUAUCAGCUUGCAUAUGUGGAGUAUUUUGUGGCAUAUAUGGACUCCAGUUCGUCAGAGAACUUAAUCAACGUUUAAAUGAGGCAGACGAUAUGCUUUCAGUGUACGUUGAUGUUGGCAAGCAAGACAGGAAGAAACGAAAAGGUCUCACGAUGCUGGCUCUUGUGGGUAUUAUCAUAACAGGUACUUUGGCUUUGGACAUUUGGGUCUGGUUUCGAGUGGCAGAUAAAAUGAAGGAAGAGAAUCAAGACUCACGUGCGAAUGUGUUAGGCUAUUGCCCGUUCUACGCACUCUAUUAUAUUUUGAUGAUGUUUCACGUUUUGUUUGCACAAUCAGCACUGGGGAUAAGCAAUCGAGUCCAGCGUCUCAACGUAGCACUGUAUCAUGUUUUUCCGGAAUACAACAAUACUCCCGUUAUUGAAAUAACACAAUCUAUCAACAACGUCUCGGAAAAGUUGGAUAACCUAUCGGAACAGAAAAAGGGCUUAACUACUAUUUCUCAUGCAAUCAGUAAUUCACGAUCCACUAUAUCAACCACUAGCAUAAUUGAAGAUUUGGCUUACAUUCACGCUUCUUUAUCAACUGGAGUUAUACUGGUAUCGAACACAUUCGGUGUAGCUUUGUUGGCUGUAUUGGGAUCAUGUUUACUCCAUUUAGUUGCAACUUCAUAUUUUCUGUUGGUCGAGCUUGUGGGGGAUAAAGAUGCUGUGUUUUCUUGGAUACAAGCAUUGUGGUUAUUUAUUCAUAUUUUUCGAUUUCUACUAACAAUCGAGCCUUGCCAUAUCACUAACAUUGAGUUGAAACGAACGAUGACCAUCGUUUGCAAUCUUAUGCGAACCUGUAAGGACUCGUCAACGAAGGAGCGUUUAGAAGGAUUCUGGCGUCAACUUGUUGGAAACCAUUCCGUAUUUACCGCGUGUGGCUUGUGUACAAUUGAUAGGCACAUUAUUACAUCGUAUUGUGGGGCCAUCACAACGUAUCUAGUUAUUUUGAUACAAUUCAAGGAAGCUGAUGAUAAACCGAUGAGAGCUGUACAUCGAUCUGCGUGAAUUAGAAUUCCACUAUGUUUGUUUAUACAUAUAUAUUGAAUAAAUUAUGACUAUCGCUUUCAAAUCGUAGUGCAUGUUUCUAUGUUGUAUUAGCAAUGAUUGUGCUCAAAGUGUAAACAGUCAUGAGUACUUUGAAACUAGGUGAACGUAUAAUUGUAUACAU